AUGUCAUGGAGAACAGUUAAAAACAAAGUUGAUUGUGGGGUCUUUGCAAUGAGACAUAUGGAGACCUAUAUGGGACAACAACUCUCAAAGUGGAAACCAGGUCUUCAUAAAGAAAGUGCAGUUCAACAAACUACUAUAGAGAAGCUCAAGCAAAGAUAUGCACACAUAAUGCUAACUUCUGAAAUUAACAUGUUGAAGGCUAAGGUGUUCGAUCUUGCUGAAAAGUAUCAAAAAGUUGACUUCAAAGUGCGUACUGGUCAUGCAUACAAGGCUAUGCAAACAAUUCAAAAAAGGUUAAAAGAAUAUUGA